AUGCAAAGGCCUCUCAAACCAAUAACCAUAUCUUAACCCAUAAUUCAAAAAAUAGAGAACACAAGAUCAGAUUGCUCUACUGAUGAUGAUCUUAGUUAUAUUGAAACUUUGAGGGCCGAAGCUCAAAAUCCUAUGAUAAAGAACUUCUUGGGAAUAGAGUGCCUUGUUGAUGACAUACAUGAUUUAGAAGAAUUCCUUAAUUCUCUUGAUUGA